CGUAUCCUUCCGCGGAGCGUCGCGAGCGUGUGUUGUUGAGGGAGAAAGGGACGGCGCCAUAUUGGGAGGGAUCGUAUUGUUUUUCUUUGGUAGAUAAACGUUUUGAAUAUAACCAUUAGUUGGUGAACAGCAGUGCUAAAGGAUUUCUUUCAUAUCACCUAACGAAUCGUUACAAAUUCUCAACGUCGUUUGUGUAACGUAACUUCUGGUUGAAAAUGUCUGGCGGUGUAAUUCGAGGGCCUGCAGGGAACAACGACUGUCGGAUUUACGUAGGUAAUUUACCCCCCGAUAUUCGCACCAAGGACGUAGAGGAUGUGUUUUAUAAAUACGGAGCCAUUCGGGAUAUCGACCUUAAAAACAGAAGAGGAGGUCCGCCGUUUGCAUUCGUGGAGUUCGAGGACCCGAGAGAUGCAGAGGAUGCUGUAUAUGGACGAGAUGGCUAUGACUAUGAUGGCUAUCGUCUUCGAGUGGAGUUCCCAAGGAGUGGCAGGGGAGGUGGAAGAGGUGGAGGUGGAGGUGGUGGAGUUGGAGCUCCCAGAGGCAGAUAUGGCCCUCCAUCCAGGCGUUCAGAGUACAGGGUCAUAGUGUCAGGACUUCCUCCUAGUGGCAGCUGGCAGGACCUUAAGGAUCACAUGCGUGAAGCAGGUGAUGUAUGUUAUGCUGACGUUUUCCGGGACGGCACUGGCGUUGUGGAGUUUGUGCGCAAAGAAGACAUGACCUACGCCGUUCGAAAGCUGGAUAACACUAAGUUCCGGUCACAUGAGGGGGAGACUGCUUACAUUCGCGUAAAAGUGGAUGGCCCGCGCAGCCCCAGUUAUGGGCGCUCGCGCUCGCGCUCUCGCAGCCGCAGCAGGAGUCGCAGCCGGAGCAGCAGUCGCAGCUACUCUCCACGCCGCAGCCGAGGAUCACCACGUUACUCACCCCGCCACAGCCGCUCCCGUUCCCGCACCUAAACAUCCACAUCCCAGCUAGUUGGCUGGCCACAAUCAUAUACACCCUGUGUCGCCCUCUAUUGGACCCACUGUUGUACUUCAUUGUUCUCUUGACUUGUUUCGUCUCUCCACUUUCCCCAGUUUUCUUUCUCUCAUUUUUGGUUUGUUUGAUUUUUUUUUUUCUUUUCUUUUUUUGGGACUGUCAUUCUGCUAAUGACAGCUACGUGUAGCUAAGUAGAUGUUCUCCUUUCUCUUCUUUCUUUCCCGUCAAUCCUUUUUUUGUUUGUUUGUUGUCUCCUAUCCCAUGACCCUGUUGUGUCUUUGUCUUGCAUUCCCAUUUUAACUGGAUCUUCAUACUCAUCCCUUGUACUAUAUUUGACACAAGGGACAUGUUGAAAUGCUUUAAAUAGUUGUAUGUGUGACUAAUUAAUUUGCUACUGUUUUAUUUUGUUAAUGAUGCUUCACUACGGGCUUUUUCUGGGGUGGGAUUAUUUUUCCGUUGAAAAACUGUUCUACUUUUACCUUUUCAUGUCUUUCUAUAGACAACAGAAGAGCAGGAUUAAAGAAAGCUUUGGAAUAAAGGAUUUUGAAGCACAGUUCAUUCAUAUUAGGAUAUUUGGAGGAGCAGGCAUUUCAUUUAAGGAGGCAACGGUAUGACGGCAAGCGGCUUUAGUCACCUUCAAAAAGGCAGUUGUUGUUUUUCUACAGACUUCCAGUACUCUGGAUUUUCUUAGUUCAGUAACACAUUAGUUUUGCUUUGCCAUUCUUCCUCCCUUCACAACACUCCCCUUCCCUGUUUAAUUUACCUUUUCUCACUGGUCAUUGCUGCUAAGCAUGCAUGUGUACUGUCUGGAUGUUGCGAUGCUUGUGCAUACAUUAAGACAGCAUUGUUUUUUUUUGGGGGGGGGCGUUCAUUUUUAAAUACAAAAAACAUUUUUGCCUGUUGUCCAAAAUGUGCUGGGAUUUGGCCACUCAUGUAGAUUUUGCAUUAGAUAGGAUAAAGGCUUGCCAUGUGCAGUUGUUCUCAUGUAAAUUGUGUAUUUGUCGAGAGGAAGUGUAUUUUUUUUUUCUAGGUUAGAUUUGCUUGUUUUCCAAUGAAUAAGCACAAUUUAAUGUGUUUAGGUGGUGCUCUAAAUUUCUUCGAGAGCAUAUCAGUCUGGUAUCCUUUUUGUCAUUUACACAGAAAAAAAGAAAGAAAAAAUACCGCUCCUAUGAUCAGUUUAUAGAAGUUUUCAAUGAUAGAAGCUCUUCAUUUAGCUGUGAUUCUAACUUGUUACCUCCCUCUCUUUGAUUUUGCUGGUAUUCAAAGGUUUGGAUUGGAGGAGGGGCUCACUGUGUCCCGAUCCUUGGAGCCGGAUCAGUUCAGGAUCAGGAUUAGGAUUAGGAUAAGGAUGGAUACAUACAUGGAGCGGGAUCAAUUUACCGGGAACGGGAACCAUAGGAGAGGAUCCCAACCCCAGCCCCGCAUCCCCCCCACCAAACCACAAUUAAAGGAUACUUGACGUCAUAAUUGGCUUCUCUAAAACCAAAUUAAUUUUUUCUUUUUCCGUGGAGCACCAUUGAUGCGCGCAGAAGGGAUCCAGGUGCCUCUUGUUUUUGUGAGAUUUGUUUUUUGGUAUAAAAAGAAGCAGAGCAAGGAACCAGAAGGCUGGAUCAGGUGCUUUGGAUGGAAUCAGCAUGAGGAGCGUGGUAAAUAGGGGCGAAUUCGUGGGAGGGUGGGAUAAUGGGCAAAUUUUCAGGGGGAUGUUGUAGUUUAUUUAGGGUUUCAAAAAUUACCUUUCAAAUAACAUUUGUUGGCAUUUGUUGUGUUGGCAGUGGUGUUUCUUUCUCCACAUAAUUGGCUACUUUAUAUUUCUAGAUUGUAGUGUAUUGAUUUUUCUGUCUUUUCACCCUUCUUUAAAUAAAGAUUGAAUGUUCAA